GAGAGAGUGUGUGUGUGUAUGUGUGUGUGUGUGAGAGAGAGAGAGAGUGUGUGUGUGUGUGUGUUUAUUGUGGCUUGAGGUGACACUUCCUCACUGGAAAUGUGUUGCUGACUCUCCCAUAAAGGACUGGCUAAACUGGCUCGACCGGCCCCACACACACACACACAGACACAUACACACACACACAAACAGUGGACUGUGGUGUUAAAACAGCUGACAGCAGUGAGACAGACAUACGGAGUGGACCAGCUGAGUGUUUAUGCAAUUUCAGUAAGUGUGGCGAUGUCUCCUGGAGAGGACGGUCUGAUCGGAAUCCCAUUCCCUGAACAUAGCAAUGAGCUGUUGUCCCGCCUCAAUGCUCAGCGCCGUUCUGGCCUACUCUGUGACCUCACGUUGACCUCCCGUGGUGCCCGUUACCCAACACACCGCGCUGUCAUGGCUGCCGUCAGCCUUUAUUUCCGAAGGCUGUUUGGGGCAGAGGAAGUGGGUGAGGCUGGUGAGGUGAGUGAGGGCUGCAGUGUGUGCCAGCUGGACUGUGUGACCCCAGAUGCUCUGGAUGCUCUGCUAGAGUUUGCCUAUACAGCUACGUUAACCAUCCGCUCAUCUGGCAUGCGUGAGGUCCUUGAGGGGGCACAGCUGCUUGGCAUCCAAUGUGUGGCAGAUGCAUGCCGCCACAUCUUAGGUGAGGUGGGGGACACUGGUGACCUGGGUGGGGAGGGUGGAGAACCGGGCGGAGGGGGGCAGUUGGGUGUGGCCAACAAGGAAAGAGCAAGUCAUGUUGAGAAUGACCAGAAGACACCGUCACGCAGGAAACAAGACCGACGCAAUGUAGAGAAGGCAGCAUCCCCAGUACGGCUGGCUUGGAACACACGACCCCAGGAGGACAAACCUAAAUGUGAAGCUCCACCUACCCCUGAACACAAACCCCGCCCACCAAAGUAUGGAGCUUCACAAGGUGCUCAGCAGGUGGUGCUCAUGAAUGGAGGAACUCCUUGGGAUCCACAGCUGGCUCAGGAGGAGGAGGAGUCAAAACCUGAAGGGCUCACACCUUCUCCGAACCACACCCCCUCUCAGACAGAAACAGCAUUGGGUGGAGCAGUAGAGGGAGUAGGCAAGAAGAGGAAGUCUCAAGCUCCUCAGCAGUGUCCUGUCUGCCAGAAGAUCAUCCAUGGAGCAGGAAAACUUCCACGUCACAUGAGGACACACACAGGCGAGAAACCUUUCCAGUGUAUGACCUGUGGUGUGCGUUUCACAAGGAACGAUAAGCUGAAGAUCCACAUGCGGAAACACACGGGCGAGCGGCCGUAUUCCUGCACCAGCUGCCCUGCCCGUUUUCUGCACUCCUAUGACCUGAAGAACCACCUGUCCUUGCACAGUGGGCUUCGGCCCUAUGAGUGCCCCCUCUGCCACAAAGCCUUCGCCCGUGAGGAUCACCUGCAGCGCCAUCGCAAGGGCCUUGCCUGCCUUGAGCAUCCAGCUCUGGAGCUCCGCCCACGCCAUGCUCGCCAUGCUGCCUCUCCGCACUCGCCACUAUCUCCAGCGUCAUUAUCCCCAUCAUCAUCAUCUACUGCACCACACUUCCUGUUCCGUCAGGAAGCGGAUAACCUGGCCACUCCACCACAUGGGCCAUUGAUCUCUGGAGGAAUGGCAUAUUCCAGAAUCCUCCAUUGGAGGGGGGGAACAGGAUGGAGGGAAGACGAGGAAGAGUCUUAGUGUGUGUGUGUGAGAGAGAGAGAGAGACUAUACCACUAAUUACAUACCUACUUAAUGCAAAAAGUAACCAAAAGUCUUAACAAAAUGAAUCUGAACAGAGAAACAGGUUCUUUUUUCUUUCUUUUCGUACUGUCUUUCUAAAAUGUGCUUAAUUUUGUUUUCAUGUAUAUCGCUGGAACAUCAGGGCUUUGAUCUUUGCACAUUGUUUUCUUUAAUCUUUAAACAUGUAAAUGAAUAGCAAGUGAUAGGUUUAUGUUGUUAAUAUAUUCAGGGUGAAAUAUAAAAUGAAAUAAUACUGUGAGUUUAGGGUAAAAAGUGUAGGGAGAGUGUGUGUGUGUAAGAGUUAUGGUGUUUAAACAAUGCUGUUUAAUUUAAUUAGAAAAUAUUUUUAAGAUUGUGUUUAAAUGCCAUGGAGAGAGGUUUAUCAGUGAAACCUUGUGGUGUGAAACAGAACUGCACUUCUUCACUCCACUACUGUUUAAAAUACACCUUUAUCUCAGCCACUGCCCUAAACCCUCACAAGUGUAUAUAUUUAGUGUAUAUGAGAACACACACACACAAAAUUGCAUUUAUUUAAAUUUUGUUUGUUUUUAGGUUGGCUUGACAGAACCAACAUGCUGUUUUUCUUUUUUGUUUCUGCAAAAUUCUUCAUGGGUUGCAAUUUGAGCCAUAAAAUCAGGCAGGAUCAAAGAUCCUUUAUAGGAAUAUCGCGCUUUUGGGAAAGAUUGGAAUUUUGUUUGCCAUGUAGCAGUGCUCUAGAAUGUAUUUAUGUUCCAUGUAUAGGAACACACUGAAAAUGUUUUCUUGGUUGUUCUUUCAGCCUUUCCUUACUCUGCUAUAAUGAAGACUAUUAAAACAUCAUUGCUCCACCUCCUGAAGCCCUAACAACUACCAGGGUCCCCAUAACAGCUACCUAGCAAGACCUCGGCAACAAGCUGGGAUAGCAUAGCAACCACCUAGCAAUACUUUAGCAAACAAAAUGGUUAGCAUUGCAAUAACCAUGAAAGCGCACUAGCAAACAACUGGAAUAUGCUAGUCACAGCAUGUAAAAAUGUAACAUUAGCCUUUAACUUCUUAACCUUUACAGGCUUAACUGUUCAUAUGAACCAAGUAGCAACACCGUAGCAACUGGUUUAGUAUAACAACCUCUAAACAUAUUUAACCUUUACAUCUUUUAAGCUUUUACACUUAAAUUAACGUUGCAUAUUUUUGCAUUUUGAAGUCAACGACAACAGAAUGUUUAAUGUCGUUCAACAAUUUUUGCAUGUUUAGCGUUUUCUGUCAAGCCAAUGUCAAAGCUCAUUCACAAACUUUAGCCUUCUAGUUUUUUUCCUUUGUACUUGCUAACUUUCAUGAUUACCAUUAGCACCAUUAGACCAUUAAAAUCCAGUUAAAAUACAAGUUGUACAAUACUAGCAGAAGUGAUUCCACACAAAGUUCAGUAUUUAUACACAUUAUUGACAUUAUUUUGCUAACUGUAUGAGAACUAGCUUCCAUGAUAACUAGUCAGUGUGCUAAUUAGCAUCUUUUACAAAAAAGGAUUAUUACUACCAAGCAUUUAGAGUGACCGCGAGUGUGCUAGAUCUCCAGCAGCAUAAUAUAAUAACGAUAAAAGGUUUUUAAAAAUUGUUUUAAGUGAUAAAUACAGUUAUGGAGUGUCCAAUAAAGUAGCCAAGAGUACUCUGGUUGAGAGAAAAUAUUAACAACAGCUUUUUUUUUAAUAUUAACUAGCUAGCAUGCUAAUUACCUGAUGAUACUUUAGCAAGAUGGAUGAGGGAAAAGUGUGAGAGUGGAAGUGUUAAAAACAGGACUGGUAGAGUGCACAAUGAGUUUAGUGCUUAAACUGGUAAAUCUCUGUUCUUUAUUAUUAUUAUUAUUAUUAAUAAGAAGUUCAUGUUACUUCCUCUGUAGAUUUGUGUUAACUUUAGAGCUGUCUGUGGUAUUAUUUAUUAGUUUAAUAUUUAAUAUUUGUUUAAUAUUUGUUUUUAAUACACACACACAGUUGGUCUCUCUGUGGCUAUUCAUGUCCCAGUGAGGAGGUUAGUGAUAUAAUCCAUCAGGGAGUGUUCCUGUCUCACACACUAACGUUCAUGUAGAAGUUUUAUCCAUCAUGCAUCGUGUGUCCAUCAUGCACUAACUUUUACUUCCUGUGGCGGAGUUACUGCUUUACGGUGGUCACAGAACUGUUGAUGGUGGAAGUUGCUCUACUGAAUGCCACUGAUCUUCAAGAAACAACCAACCUCUUACCUUCCACUUUAGCCUUCCUUCAAGUUUUUGGUUCUUCAGACAAUUUGAAGACGUUUCUCUGGUGGUUCCACAGCUCUGUGGUUCUGAUUAAUAGUUCUAUUAAUACAGUUAAUACAUUAAUACUUAUGCUAUAAGUCAAUUCUUACCAAUUUCUUACAUUUCUGAGUUGGUUUUUUUUUUCUGUUUUUUAGUUAAAUUUACAUGAAAACAAUUUAUUUGAAUAACUGAAUCUGUUAUGUGUGUUUUAAAGAAAACCUUUAGAGCUGUGUGAGUGAAAAAUUUCUCAGGAAUUACAAAGCAAUGCACUGAAACAAGUAUGUAAAUGGGAAUGCAAAUGAAUAUGCAAAUGAGAGAUGGAUAUUAUUGUCUCUUGUAAUCUUUUGUGGAAUACAGAUGAUAAUACGAUAUUUUAAAGUCCUAAAUGAAUGAUUAGAUAUGUUUAUAUGAUCUAUUAUAGAGUUAUAGUUUAUUACAACAAAAAAAAUGUCGGUGUUAAUUAGGGAAUAAACAUAUAUCUUUAUCACUGUUGUAUGAACAGAAAUAAUUACAUGUGUAAACAUACAUGGUUAAUAAACAGAAGAUAUUCUAGUG